AUGUGGAACCCAGCAACAAGGAGAGCCCAUGUGUCUCUUAUCUGUAGAUGGAAGGGAUUUCACACCAGUUUGGCGCAUUCGAAUUGGAUGCUAAGCAAUGAUAUUAUUCGCAAUGCUUUGACGUCGAAUAUUAACAGCAGAGGGAAGCCAACUGGUCCUGAUGGCGGAAAGCAACCUCGAGGACCAUUGAAGAAGAUGACAAAAAAUCGCCCUGCAAAUAAGAACAAGCCACACAGCAGAAAUAACCUCGCAAUCACAUGGAGCAAUGGAUCGGACAGAGAUAAAGAGGCUGCAAGUGCAGUGGUGUCACAAAUUUUCCGAAUGAAUAAAGCAGGGGCCAUCAAGUUCGUUAAUUCCACCACUUCGAAACUCGAAGGGACCAACAUUCGCUCUUUUGCCAAGGGCAUCAAUCUGGAAAAGAACGGUCUCGUUAUAGUUAACUUUGAGGAGAUAGAUGAGGCUACGAAGGUACCGUUAGUCAAGCUAGUAGAUAGAAAGACAGCUUUGAAAAGAUUCUCGGAUGAAAAAGCUAAGCAGAAAGAACUGGAAAUGAUUAAUCUGGGACUCGUCAAGAGGAGAGCUGCAAGAUCUAGCGAUGGUGAGAAGGCGGACGAUAAUGUAAAGCAGAUCAGAAUCUCCUGGCAAAUCAAGAAUGAUGAUUUGAACAAGCAGAAGGCUCAUGAAAUUACAACCCAGUUGAAGAAGGGAUACAAGGUCUACUUGUACAUUGAUGAUAAAAACCAUAUCAACUCAAAGAACUGGACGACAGAUUUUGAUAUUCCAUUGAGGAAAAACGCUCAAAAGGAGCUAAGUGCGAAGGAACUGAACCAGAGAAAUUAUGUUCUGCAGCGACUAAUGGAGAUAGCAGACGAAUUUUCGAAUCAGCCCACAAUCGAGGGUGGUGUGGAGACUAAAAUCCUAAUAAAAUUGACGCCCAAAAACGUUACUAUGGAACCAAGCUCUAAACAAUCACUUAAGGAACAAAGAAAGAAGGAAAGGCAGGAGAAAUUGCAGCAGAGGAUAGAGAGGAAAAGGCAAAGAAUAUUGGAGAAGGAAUAG